GGCCGAACUCCAGAGCCUAUGGGAGAGCUAUAAACUCGGACAGGAAAUGAUUGGCAAGAAAGUGAGGGCUUCUUCGGGAUUUAGCGGUAAGGGCUUUAAGUUCGAUGAGGCGGAGGCACAGCUCACCAACGAGAAGAAGAAGUUCCAGAAGGCGGCGCUCGGACUGCAAGACUCGGACGACGAGGACCCCGAAGCCGACAUCGAUCAGGAGAUUGAGAAUAUGUUGGCGCCCAAGAAGUCGACCAAAUCGGUGCCCAUUAUGUCGUUGACGUCGACGAGUGCCACCACUCCGACCGCCACUUCGGUCAGCGACAAGACGGUGGCCGAGAAGCUGGAAAUGGCCAAACGUCUGGCCUCUAAGAUCAGUGUGAAUAUCGCCGGAAAGGCCACUUCGCAGACGGAGGCCUUCCUGAAGGGAGAAUUGGCCGGUUCUCUGAGUUUCUCCAACGCAUUCACCGCCAAAUCGAAGGCAGAACAGGUGGCCGAACGACUUCACGCGAAACUUAAUUACGUGCCCAAAGACGUGGAGUACAACGAAGACGGAGAUAUCAUCAGACGAGUGGAAGACGACGACACUAUCGGCCAAAAUAUUGGCCAACGCUUCGAAGAGGAGCUGGAGAUCAAUGAAUUCCCACAACAGGCGCGUUGGAAAGUGACCUCCAAAGAGGCGCUGGCGCUCAUCAGCGAGUACUCCGAGGCCGGCAUUACAGUGAGAGGAACUUACUUCCCGUCCGGCAAAGAGCCACAACUCGGGGAACGCAAACUGUAUUUGGCUAUUGAAGGCACGACCGAACUGUCCGUUUCUAAAGCCAGGGCUGAAAUCAUUAGACUUAUUAAGGAAGAGAUGGUUAAAAUGCAAAACGCUUACACUCCCAUCAAUAGGGGUCGAUAUAAAGUGGUUUAAUAAAUGGUACAACAAUUGUGUGAAUUCUUGUAAAUAUCAUAAGUUUUACACAAAUUUUUAUUUGUCGACGAUUUAUAAAAAUUCGAUCUAUUUAAUUUAAUUAUAACGAAUAAACAAUUAUUUACUAAAC